AGAUAUCUUAACGUGACAUGUAAAACAAUGACUAGCAACGAUAAAACUCCUUUUGAUGAAGGAAAUACUAGUGAAGAUAAUCGAUCGACUACUUCACAAGAUGGUGAUCAUGGCAGUACAACUCAAGAACAUAAUCCACAUGCAAUGGGAAAAAAUAUAAAUGAAUACCAAGCAUUAAUGAGUUUUAUCAAAGGGAAUAUUGGAACUGGUAUAUUAUCUAUGCCAGUUGUUUUCAAGUAUGCUGGUUUGUGGACUGGAUUCGUUAUGUUAAUAGUGGCUGGAUUUGUAUCAACUUAUCUAAUGCAUGUACUCUUGAGAACAGCAAAUAAAGCUCAAGUGAAAUAUGGAUGGGAUAGAUCUAAAAUGGAUUAUGCAGAGGCGGUAUUUGUUGUGCUUAAAUAUGGUCCAGAGAAAUUGAGAAAAAUCAAAGGGAAAAUAAAGCAUACAGUUAAUGGUUUCUUAAUUAUUACACAAGUUGGCUUUUGCUGUGUUUACACACUGUUCAUUACGGAGAAUAUUCGAUAUUUUUUAAUAUAUUUCUUUCCGCACCUUAAUACAAAUAUCUACUUAGUUGGAUUUGUUGUCUGUUUAGUGCUAAUUGUGAUGAAUUUUAAAAGCAGUAUGCGUGUAGUCACGUAUUUAUCUGCUUUGGCCAAUAUAUGCACUAUAAUUGGUAUGCUAUUAAUAUUUGGCUAUUUAUUCACAUCUGGAUUAUACCCAGUCAGUAAAUUUCCAAUUAUCACUGAUUUCAAAGGUCUACUCAUUGCAUUCAGUAUAGUUAUGUUUUCAUUUGAAGGGAUAAGUUUGGUAUUACCAAUUCAAAGUAAAAUGGCUGAUCCUAUUGGAUAUGGAUCAUGGUUUGGUGUUCUUAAUGUUGGCAUGAUUAUUGUUGUUUGCUUAAAUUUGGCAAUUGGAUUUUAUGGAUUUUUAAGAUUUGGUGAAAAUUCUGAAGGCAGCAUCACAUUGAAUAUACCGCAGUUUCCUUAG